AUGGCGUCCAACCAAACCCCUAGCGCAUACAAUGAUGGUAGCGACGGAAACCAGAACAAGCCUCUGCGCCCUACAUACAGGCCACUUGUUCGCGACGGACCAAAAUACCGCGUCUCCGAUUGUGUAUUCUUGUCUCGAGCGAGAAACAGGGCGCUGGAAGGACCAUACUUGGUGGCUAGUGUGACAACUUCAGGCAAAUAUGCGCUAUCCCCGCGCUUCGGUUUGACCGGCCUUUGGCUCGACGAUGACCGGAAACUGGGGUGGGCGGGGGCUGCCCAAUGGAAAGAAGACAUCAACACCGUGCUAGGCGAGCGUUUCGACCCGGCAUCCUCUACAAUCUACAAGAGCGUUAUUGUCCUGCUUCUAUACUGGAAAGACGCCGAUGGGGACUACAAAAGCGAGGCAGAUCAGCUUGAGCGCCUUUUCAAGCAGAAGUACAAUUACACAGUGCUCCGCUUCGAGAUCCCUUCCAAAGACAGCAACCUCGCCCUCCAUGACGAAAUCAGCAGAGUGAGGCGGCAAUUCAGCACCCCUCGCUCACUGACAAUUAUCCACUAUGGCGGUCACGGAGAUCGAGACGAUGAGCGAUCUGAAGGAGAAGCGUAUCCUCCGAAGAAGAGCGUCUGGGCCGCUAAGCGACAAAUCACCGACGACAAGGUACUGAACUGGUCGUACAUCCAACCUCAACUCGGCCUGGGGAAAGGCGACUUCCUCGUAAUCCUCGAUUGCUGUUUCGGUGCUCAGGCAGCCAGGGCUCCAGAGUCUCAGAUAAUCCCACCAAAUGUCGAACUCCUUGCUGCUGCUCCCAUGGGAUGCUCGACUCCAGGGCCAGGGCCAUUCUCCUUCACGCACGCCUUCAUCAAUGAAGUUGAGGAUGCUCUCGCGAGACAAGGCCACGCGGACAUCUCGGAGAUUCAUCAUCGUCUAGCUGCCGGCGAUCGGAAACUGAUCCAGACCCCUACCCACUUCUGCCACGGGAGGCAGUCCACAAUCCGACUUGAGCCGCACUCACCGGCGCGCAAGACAUCACCAGUCCGCGAUACUGAGACAAGGCUGAUGAUGCAGAUGCUUGUCGAUAGUCCGCUGGACCACCACCUCCUGGACAGGAUCGUGAGAUGGCUGGUGAAUUUCGUGCCACACGAGGUCUCCGGCUUACAGGUUACUGAACUGGUCCACAGAGCUGCCGCGGCGCAGCACUUCAUCCUCCAGGAAUCAUCCGGAUCGCGGUCUGUGCUGAAGCUUGAUACGCUACCACAACCAUCGAAAACGGAAGUAAGAAGUGCCUGGGCUACCUUCAACUGGAGUCUACGUGACAGUUUGAGGUGGCUUCCUAAUUUUGGAGCUCCCGCCGAAGACUUCAACCUAGUAGAUAUUCCGAGCGAGCAGUACGCAGCUGAUAUCUCAGAGGAAACGCGGAUAAGACAGUUCCUGCAGAGCUUUGAUGCUAACAUCGUGCUUUUGGAGAGCGUUAUUGAGAGGAACGUCUUUGCAGUUCCAGAACUUCUCGAAGAAAUCCACUUAGCGGACGCAAUCCGGGAUCCAACAUCGAAAGACCUCGGGCUCGUGAAAUCGCUCCAAGUGCGCCUAGAGAACCUCCGAUUCGAAGAAAAAUUACAGAACCUAUCAUCCCGAAAUGAAUACUUCCUGGAGUUCCGGACCGAUUCUAAGCUUCCAAGCGCGGGGUCUUUGACCUGUGAGCAGCAUCCCAAAUUCGGCCGCGUGCUUGUCGAAUACUCCCACUAUGCGAGAACGGACAAGGAAACACAGCGCAGAAACGAUGCUCGAAUGGACCACUUGGUGAAGAUCCUGAGUGGGUCAAAUUUGGGAUUCAACACUCCAGCUUGCCUGGGAUGGACCGCCGUUCCGAGCAAUUUUCGGUACGCGCUGUUAUUCCAGAAUCCGCACGGCGACACUCAUUGCCCCAUAACGCUGUACGACAUCAUGGGCCCUCCCGGUGGCGGUGGUCGUGCAGUGGCGCGGCCGACACUUGGCCAACGUUUCGAGAUUGCUCAAACGAUCGGACAGACGCUCCUGAAAUGGCACGACGUCGGCUGGGUCCACGAAAGUAUUUCAAGCCUGAAUGUCAUCUUCUCCCUCGACCGCACCACCCUUACGGUCGACUACUCCAAGCUCUAUCUCUGCGGCUUCUCUUUCAGUCGCCUCACCUCGCGCCACUCCACACCACGCCACGGCGAAGACGACAUCGUGCGAGACGUAUACCAGCACCCAGAGCGCCAAGGCAACAGUCCUGAGCAGAGGCACACCAAGGAGCACGACUUGGUUUUGGGGUCGUGCGCCCGAUUUUUUCAGCAAAUUGGUGCAGCGGGCAGAGAUUGGUCUUAUACGGGGCAAAAUGCUCAACCGCAUCGAGCAUCUGGGCCGGGAGAUGGGCACGGCAUACGCGUCGGCGACUCAGCUGUGCCUUUCGCAGGAUUUCGGUAUUGA